CGACCCGAUUCCAUCAUGCUUAGUUUCAGGUUAUGUUCAAUAUUUGAAUUGUCAAAAACCAUUUGAAGGUUAUGACCUGAAAAUUAGAUUUAAAUAUUUUGUAUAAAAUAGAAAAAGUAUCUAAUAAAUUUCUAGCAUAAUGGCUAGAUAUAUAGCACAAUUAAUAAUAGCAGGCACACAAGUUGUAGCAAGAGCAUUUGCACGAGCAGUCAAACAAGAGAUAGAAGCAUCCCAACAAGCAGCUCAAAGAUUAGGCAACGCUAAAACAAGAACUGAACGAGUAGCGAAUCAAAAAUUAGGAUUAUCUCUUGAAGAAGCUAAACAAAUAUUAAAUAUCACUAAUUUAACGAAAUCCGAAGUUGAAGAAAAGUAUCAAUCUCUGUUUAAAGCAAAUGAGAAAACAUCUUUGUACUUACAAUCUAAAUUUGUUAGAGCAAAGGAAAGACUUGAACACGAAUUAUCAACAUCAGAAACAAACAAAGAUAAUCAAUCAGAACAGGCAGACAAAAAAACGUAAUAGUAGUUAAUUUACUCUAGGUUUUAUUUAAAAUUUAGUUGUAUAGUGAUUGUUAAUUAAAAAUUUAAGAAGA